AUGGUUUGGAAGAAUAAAUCUCACAUCCCAGUCGAGGCCAAGUCCUCGACUUUUAGACAGUUACUACCUCUCCUAAUCCUUCUCGUCGUUCUUGGCGGCGUCGCCUUCGUCGGCUACCAAGUAUACCUCGGGGCGACCAAGAUCCGCGACAGCACCGAGAAGCGCAUGGCUCGGAAGAACCUCGUAUUUACCAAAGACGGCCUGAAGGUCGGCGUCAAGCAUGUCGAACAGGAGAAAUACGUCGAUGCGACUCAGAGCUGGGUCGUUAAGGCUUGGAAUCUAGGGAAUUCUACGCCCCCCGUCAAGAGGAGGUAG